CCAGAGGCGAGGACGACUGUCAUCACCGACGACAGCGAGGAGGAUGCCGGCACGAUCCUCGCCGUGCUCGCGGUGCCGUCGCACAUCCAUGCCGCCGACUGGCUGGCGUUCGUUGAGGGCGCCGUCGAGGCCUUCGAGCACGUCCGCAUCAUCAGAGAGUCGUCGCCCGGCCGCGUGCUCAUCCUGUGCAAGUUCCGCGAUGCCAUCGACGCCGAGUAUUUCUACAAGGAGUACAACAACGUGCCCUUCAACGCCAUGCACCCCGACCUCUGCCGCAUCGUCUAUGUCACCGCCGUCACACUGUCGGCGGGCACGCAGCCCAGCGCCGAGUCGCUGGCUAACUCGGACCCCUGGCCGCUGCCGCCUGCACCGCGUCGCGGCGACGAGCUCGAGCUGCCGACGUGCCCCGUGUGCCUCGACCGCAUGGACAGCUCGGUGACGGGCCUCAUGACGAAUGUCUGCGAGCACUCGUUCCACUGCGCGUGCCUCAGUCGCUGGGAGGACUCGAGGUGUCCCGUCUGCCGCUACUCGCAGACUCGGCGCGGCCGUGCGCUCGUCGACAGCAGCGACGCAGAGGAGGAGCGCGCAGAAGAGUCGCGCGAGAGCGCCUGCGGUGUCUGCGGCACGCAGGAGGACCUCUGGGUCUGCCUCAUCUGUGCAGCGGUUGGAUGCGGCCGCUACCGCGGCGGCCAUGCGCACUCGCACUUCAACUCAAGCGCCCACGCCUACUCGCUCGAGCUGGAGACACAGCGCGUGUGGAGUUACGUCGAGGACGCCUACGUGCACCGCCUCAUCCAGAGCAAGGCCGACGGGAAGCUCGUCGAGCUGCCGUCGGCGUCGGCGGCGCCGCCGAUGCGGGCUGGAGGCUCGCGCGACGUCGCCGCGCACCCGCCGCGCGAGCGCCUGGGCCGCGCCGAGGAGAGCGAGAAGCUCGAGGCCAUGGGCGCCGAGUACUCGUUCCUGCUCACGAGCCAGCUCGACACGCAGCGCAGCUUCUACGAAGAGCAGGUGCGCGGCGCACAGUCUAAGCUCUCCGACGCGCUGGCCGCGCUGGACGCCGCGCACUCGGCGACUUCGUCCUCUUCCACGCGCGAGGCGGCCCUUGAGGCGCGCAUCGCCGCGCUGGAGGAGGAGGCCUCGCUCGCCCGCGCCGCCGCGGCGCGCAGCGAGGCGCGUGCACAGAAGGCGCUCGAGGUGGCGCGGCGUGCGCAGAGCGAGCUCUCGAGCGAGCGCAGCGUCAGCGAGGGCCUGAUGCGCCGCCUCGAGGCAGGCAAAGCGGGCGAGACGAAGCUGGCGGUCGACGUGGCGGAGCUGAAGGUGCAAAAUGCCGACCUGCAGGAGCAGAUGCGUGACCUGAUGUUCUUCAUCGACGCGCGCGAGAAGCUCAAGGACGGCGAGGCGGCCGGCGGCGACAUUGAG